UUAUCCUCCCUGGAGGUAUUCCCGAGUGUAGCUCGGGGUAAAGUUUCAGUACCACAAGCGGUAACCCCGAGCUACACUCGGACUUACCGUGCGGCGUUGCUCCACGAUCCCUCAAUCACUUACCUUGUCCUGCGCCCCCCCGCGAUGUCCCUCCUGCAGUGUCCCCGGCAAUGUAAUCCUGCAUCUGUCAUCUGGGUUCCGUCCCCUGGGAGUGUCGGGCCGUACUGGGGAUGGAACGGCGGGAAAUUUGAAAAUGACAAAAAUAUAACAUUACUGUAUCAAACCAUUUCAAAUACAUUUUGUCCCUAGUGCUUUGUCCUGUGCCCUGCCUUCAUUUUGACCUUUCUGCCUGGAAACUUAGAAAAGUCCAUGGCGUCCAAAAAGCGUCCCUUUAGGUCAAAAGCAGUUUUAGACCGGCUAGAGAACAGCGAUAGUAAAUCAGAACCACUUGCAGAAUUGA